AUAUGAUCAACUAGUUGGAAAUAUAACACAUGCACGACGUGCUUGCUUGCAUUCCAUAACUUCAUAUCAUAACCAAAACCAAGCGCUUCUUUCUCUUGCAGCAAAUCAUGGCUACCAGCAAAUCAGUUUUCUCUUUGCUUCUCACUCUCAAUGCUUUCUCUCUUCUUUUUGUUCCACAUGAUUGCAUUGAUGCUAACUCCCUUAAGGUUUGCAAGUUUGAUGGAAUAUAUAACCUUGGGGACUCUUUCUCUGACACAGGCAACUUUAUUAUUGAGAACCCAGCUGUGCCUUCUGCUCAUUUUCCCUAUGGCAAAACCUUCAAGAAAGCAACUGGAAGGUGCUCCAAUGGGUUGCUAAUGAUUGAUUAUAUUGCUGAAUCAGCCGGAAUUCCAUUUCUUUCUCCCUACUUGAACAAGGAUGCAUUAUUUGUUCGUGGUCAUGGGGUGAAUUUUGCAGUGGCUGGUGCCACUGCCUUGCCUUUAAAUGUCCCUAGAGAAAAGAAUAAUUCAUCACCAUUUGCUGACAGUUCUCUCAGUGUGCAAUUGGAUUGGAUGUCCACCUUUUUCAGUAAUAUCUGUUUUGAUCAUGAUGAUUGUGUUGAGAAGCUUAAAACAGGCCUAUUCAUGGUGGGAGAAAUCGGAGGGAAUGAUUAUAACUAUCCAUUGAUUCAAGGCAAAACCUUCGAGGAGGUCAGAAGUUUGGUUCCAAAAGUUGUCAAAGCAAUUAAGGAUGCUGUCACAAGGGUCAUUGGUUAUGGUGCUGUAAGAGUGGUUGUCCCUGGAAACUUCCCAAUUGGCUGUUUACCAAUUUAUCUUACAAUAUUGCACACCAACAAUUCAGCUCAUUAUGAUGAAUUUCACUGCCUAAAGGGAUUGAAUACUUUGUCAACAUAUCACAAUGAUCAACUCAAACUAGCCAUUGGAGAUUUGAUAAAAGAAAAUCCUAAUGCUGUUAUAGUAUAUGGUGAUUAUUACAAUGCUUUCCAAUCGGUUUACCAUAAUGCUGCACAUCUUGGAUUUGAUGCUGCUUCUGUUCAAAAAUCUUGCUGUGGUGUUGGAGGUGCUUAUGACUUUACCUUGGAAAAUAUGUGUGGAGGUCCUGAUGUAACAGUUUGUCCCAAUCCAGAUGAACGUAUCAGUUGGGAUGGAAUUCAUAUGACACAAAAGGCAUACCAGAAAAUGGCAUACUGGAUCAUCAAUGACAUCUUAUCUAAGCUUAAUUGUAAAGAUUAAGUUGUUUUAGUGUAUCUGUUUGGCAUUUGAUUAUAAACUAAUUUUUUGCUUAUUUUAUGUAUUAUUUGGGGGUUAUACACAACUUUUUGU